AUGGCGAAAGCACCUGUGCCUGUACUCAAUCUGCGGAUUUGGAACCACCCCGAGAGGCUAGCGCCGCUGACGCGACGAGGAAGUGCAACGUGUCGAAGACGAACACCCACGUUAACGGAAUUUGCUCACAAGAUUGUGCCUCCGGUGCACCGGAUCCUGGACGCUUUAGUGUAUCCAUCGACAUUUCUGCAAAGCGCAAUCUUCUCGCUUCUUAUCAAUUUUGCGAAAUCGAAAGUUUGCAUUCCUUUGUCAUCGGACAUUCCUGACUGGUUUAUCGGAACGUUUGAGAAACGGAGACCUGCGCUAGCCCAGAUGCACCGAGCUUCCCGCGGCCAUCACCCCGAUACUGCCAGCGCUAGCCAGGAACCCGCUCCUUGGCUGAGGCGGGAGUCGCCGCGACCACUUCUGUCCAGGCAACCUGGAGCGUUCUCGACGGCUUCAACGGCUGGAGCUUCGGGAACUCGCGGAGCGUUUCGCACAUGA